UCCUCCUAGCUUCACUCUCUCCGCUGCUGCUGCUGCGUUCGGUAGCUAAGCUUAGCUUAGCUUGCGAGCUGCGUCGCCUAGCUCCGAUUGGAUCUCGCUCUCGAGCUCGAGCUCGAGCUCGGAUUCCAUGGCGAAUUGGUGACUCGGUGGCAAGGUCCCGUCUCCUGGUGUCUGGAAUUGGGCGGCGGCGGCGGGAUGAGGAAGAGCUGGGGGCUCGGGCGGCCGUCGGGUGACCGGCGGUGGCUGCUCCCCUUCGCCGCGAGCCUCCUCGUCUCGGCGACCCUCUUCCUCGCCGCGGCAUGCGGCCUCUUCUCCCCGCCCUCUCUCGCCGACGGCGACGACGACUCCAUCCUCAUCGACGUCGCCACCUGGGACACCGCCUCCGCCGCAGAAUCCGAGAUCAAGAACCGCCUCCUCGACUCCAACUCCGACUCCGACGACGGCGACAACCCGGACGACGCGGCGGUGAACUCGGACGCCUCCUCCGCGGAUCCCCCGCGGAUCGCCUACCUCCUGGAGGGAACCAAGGGGGACGGGGCGCGGAUGAGGCGGGCGCUGCAGGCGAUCUACCACCCGCGGAACCAGUACAUCCUCCACCUCGAUCUGGAGGCGCCGCCGCGGGAGCGGAUCGACCUGGCCAUGUACGUCAAGGGGGACGCCAUGUUCAGCGAGGUCGGGAACGUGAGGGUCAUCGCCAAGGGCAACCUGGUCACCUACAAGGGGCCAACCAUGGUGGCCUGCACGCUGCACGCCGUCUCCAUCCUCCUCAAGGAGGGUCUGGAGUGGGACUGGUUCAUCAACCUCAGCGCCUCCGAUUACCCCCUCGUCACGCAGGAUGAUAUACUUCAUGUGUUCUCUUCCUUGCCGAGAAAUCUUAAUUUUAUAGAACACAUGCAACUAUCUGGUUGGAAAGUGAUUUCAAGAGCAAAACCUAUUGUUGUGGACCCAGGGCUCUAUCUAUCAAAAAAGUUCGAUCUUACCAUGACUACUGAGCGGCGAGAAUUGCCAACAUCUUUCAAGUUAUAUACUGGUUCUGCUUGGAUAAUGCUCACAAAAACCUUCCUCGAGUACUGCAUAUGGGGAUGGGACAAUCUCCCACGGACACUCCUUAUGUACUAUGUUAACUUCAUCUCCUCUCCAGAAGGUUAUUUCCACACCGUCAUCUGCAACUCGGACGAGUUUCGGGGCACUGCGGUUGGCCAUGACCUGCACUACAUUGCUUGGGACUACCCUCCAAAGCAACAUCCAAAUAUGCUCUCCAUGAAGGACUUCAACAAGAUGGUCAAGAGCGGCGCGCCGUUUGCACGGAAGUUUCCCAAGGAUGACAAGGUCCUGGACAAAAUCGACCGUGAGCUGCUGCACCGCUCCGAAGGCCAGUUCACCCCCGGAGCAUGGUGCGACGGGAGCUCUGAAGGAGGAGCUGAUCCAUGUUCCUCAAGGGGUGAAGAUUCGGUAUUCGAGCCUAGUCCCGGUGCCGAGAGGUUGCGAGGCCUCAUGAAGAAGGUGCUUUCAUGGGAUUACCGCAAUGGCAGCUGCUCGUCGCUCGGUUACGAUCAGACAAAACGAGAUUGGUAUGUUCCAAAAGGUAGAGGAUAAUUCAUGUUGUCCUGGUACCUUUUCUUGUAAAUUCAGAUAGCUGAACUUGACCCCUUCCAUUGAAAUGAACAAAGCUGAUGAAUCCAACAUUCUGACCAAGAAAAAAGAUGUUGAAAUUGCAAUGUCCGUA